CGUUGCAUUCAUACUCUUUAUUUUAUCUUCCUAGUAGCUGCGUCUUCGGCUGCUAUUCAUACUUGAUAUGAUUUUUUCGGCUCGUUCUCCCAAUCAUUCGUCACUCAAUUUCAGUCUCUAAUUGAUGGGCAACAAAUCUUCGCAGCCUUCGAACAAGAAGCAAGAAAAGGAAUGGUUGACUGGGAGUUUCAGGCCAGAAAACUUCAUUCCAGGCCUCAUCAUUGGUUUCAUCUCUGGGUUAUUGUUUGAUUUGUUGAAUCCCCCUAACACUCAUGUAAAGAAGAGGAAUUUCUUAUCGGGGAAAUUCCAACCACAACAAGCAAUCUCAAACAAUGGUGAUCAAGAGAUGAAAAUGGUUUUGGUGGUUAGGCAAGACCUGAAGAUGGGAUCAGGAAAGAUUGCAUCUCAGUGUGCUCUUAAUAUUCAACUGUGUGUUGUUUACAACCCUGCAGAUGCAGCUACUGGCAUGUAUGUAGAACUGAUGCAAAGCCACCGAUCUCUUCUGAGACAAUGGGAACAAUGUGGACAGCCUAAAAUAGUUGUUACAUGCAAGAAUCAACCAGAAAUGAAUAAGCUAAAGGACGCAGCUCAGAGCAUUGGCCUUCCAACUUUUAUGGUAGCUGAUGCUGGACGAACACAGGUACAUCAUAAAUAUCUUCUCAGGUAUCGGCAGGUUCAAAGACAGUUCUUGCUGUUGGACCUGGGCCAAAAGCAUCAGUGGAUUCAGUAACAGGGAAACUGCGGUUGCUCUGACGGAGGGUUAAAAACAAGAUCUAUGUGAUGAUAUUUAUCUCUCAGCUGACUCGUUUUCUUACUUGUGAGGCCAUCUCCCCUUCAUGGUGGCUAUGGAACAUGUUCAAAUUCUCUACGUUCAACGCUCUCUGAUUGGAACAUUUUUAAGUCUUAUGCAGCAGGGAGGAGGUGUUUUUCCCAUGCACACUCUAAUAGUCAAGGCAACUUUCUGCUUAUGAUUGCUGAGAGAAGUCAGAGGAAUAGAAUGGAUUCUUGUUGUUUUCAUAGUUUUGACGUUUAUGUAUUAAAAGAACAUGGGGAAGAAAAGUUCUGAGUCCUGUAGUUUUUGUUCACUCCCUUGGCCAGUUGGCCUACCAUUGCAGGAUAGACACACUGAUUCCGUUUAA